UUGCAAAUGGAUUUUUCCACUUGGAAAAGCUUAUAGCCUGAUAAACAAAUCGGCAAUAGCAAUCAUCCCUUCGAUCUGUAUGAUCAUUCUGUUCAGAUCAUUUAUCUUAUUCUGAACUUUCCUGCAUUCUUGGACCUAUAAGAAGGGUCCUUUCUUCACUUUUCUUUAAGGCAUGGAUUUGGUAGCUACCCAAGGUGAUAAUAAUCACCAACCAUUCUCAAAAUCAGUUGAAAAUUGCGAGGCAAUCAAUGAUUUCACGGGGACAAAAUCCCCAAAGACAAGUUUUCUUGUUUUUAUUGGUGCCCAUGAAUUCUUUUCACGAGAGAUGUGGAGGGCAGCACUCGUAGAGCUAGUAGCAACAGCUUGCCUUUUGUUCACACUAACCAUUUCCAUAAUCUCAUGCUUGGAAUCACAUGUGCCUGAACCCAAGCUUCUAGUCCCAUUCGCCGUCUUCAUUAUCGCUUUCUUCUUUCUCUUAACAACUGUUCCUUUAUCUGGGGGUCAUAUGAGCCCAGUUUUCACCUUCAUUGCAGCUCUCAAAGGCGUUAUAACUCUUGUUCGUGCUUUACUCUACGUCUUGGCACAAUGUGUAGGUUCAAUAAUGGCUUAUAUGGUAAUCAAGAAUGUGAUGAACAAUAGUGCAGUAGAGAAGUAUUCAUUGGGUGGCUGCAUGAUUGAUGGAAAUGAGGGAGGACUAGCUUCAGGUACUGCACUGGUGCUGGAAUUUUCUUGCACUUUUGUGGUGUUGUUUGUUGGUGUAACAGUGGCAUUUGACAAGAGAAGAUUCAAAGAGCUAGGCUUAGUGAUGGUAUGUGUUAUAUUGGCAGCAUCCAUGGGGCUUGCAAUUUUUGUGUCAAUUACUGUAACUGGGAGAGGUGGGUAUGCUGGUGUGGGGUUGAAUCCUGCAAGAUGCUUAGGUCCAGCAUUAUUGCAUGGAGGUCCAUUGUGGCAUGGGCAUUGGGUUUUUUGGGUUGGGCCUUUCCUGGCUUGCAUUAUUUAUUAUUGUUACACUUUGACCUUCGGAAGUGUAGAUGAAGAUUAG